ACAGCGGGGGAGGGUGGGGCUGGGGACUCAAGGAUGUGGGCUGGCGCUUCCCGGCACUGUGCACAGCAGGUUGGGGCCCCUAGCUCCCUCCCAGCCGGCUGGUGUCCCCAUGGGCAAACUCAGACACACUGACCCAGCAGCAGACAGGCAGACAGAAGGACCCCUUUGACUUUGUCCACAGACCAAGACUAGGUGGUACCCUUGGGAGAGGGCCAAGAGAAUGGCCACGGGGGUGUGGUGAAGAGGGGAGCCAGCUGCUUCCCUCAGAUCCUGGAGGCUUCGAAAGAGAGCAGUGACCAGCCUCAGGAGGCCUGGCGGGAGGACACGCCCAGAGGUCUUCACGGGUGGGUGGAACAGAAGCCACCACCGGAGAGGAGGUUUUUCUCUUCUGCCAAGGUCACACCCUCAGGCCCCAGCUGGGAGGUCUCCAGAGUGGGGAAGGCUCAGCUAGCCUGACCCUCAGUAAGGGAGGGAGGGGGCUUCUGGUAGGCACCUCCAAGUGGGCGCCACGAGCCACGGCACAACCAUACUGUUGGAAACUGGACUUGGAGGUUCCAAAGUCUGAGCCCCUUUUCUCAUUUGUGAGGGUGUUACCCACUGUCCUCCCUGCGAGAGCAACAGUGCUCCAAGUUCUUGGACUAGAGAGAGCCUGACCUGGGAGGGGCCAGGUCCACAGCCAGGCCUGGGAGAGAGCAAAGCCCUGAGUGAGCCAGUAGGUGGGACAAUGAGGAGCAGCUGAGGCCUGGAACCUGCAGAAGAGGGAAGGAACAGUGAACGCAGGGAUGUUCCACCUGGGUGGGCAACAAAAGGGUCCCUUCCCUUGCCAUUCUGUGGCCUCAGACAAGGUCACUUUCCCUCUUCAGGUCUCAGUUUCCUCAUCUGUAAAAUGGGAGAGGCAUGAGAUGGCACUAGAAAGUGUACCCACUGGGGUAGCUGGUUAAGAAUCCAGAUUCCCAGAUGUCCCUUCACAUCUAUGAGUCACUCUCCUGGACUAGGGCCUGGGUAUCUGGAAUGUUACACAGCUCCCCCAGGCCCAGUCUUUGGAAGCCAAUGGGUUAGAUAAUUUUAAGGUUCCUCCCAGCCUUAAAUUAGACCAUGGCGCUAGAAGGAGCAUUUUCAGAAGUGGCUGAAGGAUUAUUGCAGGAGCUGGGAGUGGAAGGAGGUUUUGGACUUAAGGCAGAAUUAGGAAUCCUGCCACUUAGCAGCUAUGUGAUUUCAGGCAAGUUACACAUCCACUCUGAGCCAGUUUCCCCUAUAACAUGAGGAUAAUAAAUCAUGCCCCUCAGGCUGUUGUGAGGAUUCAGCGGGUCAUAGAUAUGUAGGUGCUUUGUAGACUGCAAAUAGCCAUUCCCCAAAGGGGAGCAGAGAAGUGUCUCUUUCUGCUCUCUCCUGUCCCCGAGUCAGCUCUGCAGUCUUCCUGUGGAGAGUCUGGCUGCUGGGGAGAGUCUACAUGGGUCUGUGGCAUGUAGGCCUCAGGCAUCAGUACUAGGUCAGAGCCAAACAUUAGGCAGUGAUCAAGGUCAGUCUUCAAGACCUUCACAAUGUUGGGGCCCGUUCAGCUACCUGCUCCUUGAGAUCCCAGCUCCUGGGAUCAGCCACGGCCCUGAGUCCUCAGACUCCUUUGGGAGUCAGACAUACCUGGAUCUAAAUCCCAGCUCUGCCCUGACCAGCUCAGGGAGUCAGUUGGUAAAUAUUUAUAUAGCAUUCAUAGCCCAGGCCCUGGGGUCAGACGAUACAGCAGUAAACAAGACAGACAUGAUCCCCGCCUCUGAAAAGCCCACACUCUUGAGGUGGGGGGACACACUAAGCAGCCAGUCACGCAAGUAAUUGAUUAUAAUGGUGAUAAGUACUAUGAAGGUGAAAUAGAUAGGGCUCUGAGAGGAUGUAGCAGGGGCCAAGGUAAGGCGAGAGGUAGGAUGGGGCAGCAGAGUUUUUCUGAUGAAGGUGAAAGAAGGGUUAGAAAAUGUCCCUUUUCACAUUCUUGGGUCCUUCCCUCAGCAUCCUUCUUGAGUCUGGAGAAGAAGAAAAAAGAGCCUCAAGGGAAAAGGAGGGGUUGAUUGCUCUGUGUACUUCAUUUGUUUGUUCAUUCAUUCAACAAACUUUUUAAAUUUAAUUUUUUGGAGAAAGGAUCUCACUCUGCUGCCCAGGCUGGAGAGCAGUGGCUCGAUCAUAGCUCAGAGCAGCCAGCUUCAACUUCCCGGACUCAAGCGAUCCCGCCACCUCAGCCUCUUGAGUAGCUGGGACUAUAGGCGUGCACCAUCAUGCCCAGCUAAUUUUUAAAUGUUUGUAGGGACGGGGUCAUGCUAUGUUGCCCAGGCUGGUCUCGAACUCCUGGACUCAAGCGAUCCUCCUGCCACAGCCUCCCAUAGUGCUGGGAUUACAGGUGUGAGCUCCUGUGCCUGGCCACACAGCCAUUUUUUAAACACUGCUAUAGGCCAUGUGCUGUUCUGAGUGUUGGGGGAUACAUAAAGCAGUGAACAGGACAGAUAUCCCUGCUUUUAUCGUGUUUACCACUUUCCAGGGGAUAGUUUCUGUAAGACUGGGGAGGAUAAUCAUAUUGAUCUCAGGUUUGUAUGGGGAAUUUGAUGAGAUAAUCUAUAUAAAGUGCUUGGCCCAGUGUUUGGCAACAGAAAAUGUCACCAAACUAUGGGCUUUUAUUGUUGUUGAUUCCCAGUGUGACUGCUCUGACCUCAGCCAUCUUCACUUUUCUUGGCAGCUUUCAUCCCACUAGUAAUUAAGUCGUUUGUAAUGAUCUGAUUGGUAUCUGUCUGUCCAGUCCUUGUGCAAAGUAGGUACUUCAUAACUAAUGAGUGUAUGAAUGAAUGAUGUUACUCUAUCUCUGAGCCUCCAUUUCUUCAUCUGCAAAAUGGGGUUAUUAAUAGCCCCUACCUCACAGGAUUGGUAUGAAGAAUUAAAUGAAACGAUGCCUGGACAGCUUCCAGCCCAGUACCUGGCGCGCAGUAGGUGCUCACUAAACCUGAGCUGCGAUGGUCCUUUCCAGGCGCUGUCCACGCCCCGAGGCCUGGGCUCAGGCCGAAGUUGCUCCACAGCACCCCUAGCUGACAGCCAGCGACUGGCAGAGCCCCCAGGCACGGGGGCCCUCUCUCUUCCAGAGAUCUCCAGUGUGACAGCCCAGGCGGCAGAGCCGAGGGUCUUGGUCCCGGCUUCUCGCACCCUCAUGUCAGCCCCGGCCCCGCCCGGAGGCCUGCGGAGGACAAGGUCAGGAUGCGUGUGAAGCCCCAGGGCCUGGUGGUGACUUCCAGUGCCGUGUGCAGCUCUCCUGACUACCUCCGGGAGCCCAAGUACUACCCCGGCGGCCCCCCCACCCCCCGGCCCCUACUUCCCACCCGGCCCCCUGCCAGCCCACCCGACAAGGCCUUCUCCACCCACGCCUUCUCUGAGAACCCACGCCCACCCCCACGCCGGGACCCCAGCACCCGACGCCCACCAGUCCUUGCCAAGGGGGACGACCCGCUGCCCCCACGGGCAGCCCGUCCUGUCUCACAGGCCCGCUGCCCCACACCGGCUGGAGACGGCAGCAGCUCCCGACGCUGCUGGGACAACGGGCGGGUGAACCUGCGACCAGUGGUGCAGCUGAUUGACAUCAUGAAGGACCUGACACGCCUCUCCCAGGACCUGCAGCACAGUGGUGUACACCUGGACUGUGGUGGGCUCCGACUCAGUCGCCCACCAGCACCGCCACCCGGUGACCUACAGUAUAGCUUCUUCUCCUCACCCAGCCUGGCCAACAGCAUCCGUAGCCCUGAGGAGCGGGCCACCCCACAUGCCAAGUCGGAGAGGCCCAGCCACCCCCUCUACGAGCCUGAGCCUGAGCCUAGGGACAGUCCCCAGCCUGGCCAAGGCCAUAGUCCCGGAGCCACGGCUUCGGCCACAGGUCUGCCCCCAGAGCCUGAGCCAGACGGCACUGAUUACUCAGAACUCGCUGACGCCGACAUCCUUAGUGAGCUGGCCUCCCUCACUUGCCCAGAGGCCCAGCUGCUCGAGGCCCAGGCCCUUGAGCCACCAUCGCCUGAGCCGGAGCCUCAGCUCCUGGACCCCCAGCCCCGCUUCCUGGACCCACAGGCACUAGAGCCGCUCGGGGAAGCUUUGGAGCUGCCACCCCUGCAACCUCUUGCUGAUCCUCUGGGGCUGCCGGGCCUGGCUCUCCAGGCCCUGGACACCCUGCCUGACUCCCUGGAGUCACAGCUGCUUGACCCCCAGGCACUCGACCCCCUGCCCAAGCUGCUUGACGUCCCAGGUCGCCGUCUGGAGCCCCAGCAGCCCCUGGGGCACUGCCCACUGGCCGAGCCCUUGCGCCUGGACUUGUGCUCACCGCACGGCCCCCCUGGGCCUGAGGGUCACCCCAAGUACGCCUUGCGGCGCACUGAUAGGCCAAAGAUCCUGUGUCGCCGGCGGAAAGCCGGACGGGGGCGCAAGGCAGACGCCGGACCCGAGGGCCGCCUACUGCCUCUGCCUAUGCCUACAGGGCUGGCAGCCGCCCUGGCCGAACCCCCGCCGCCACCGCCUCCUUCACCCCCUGCCCUGCCAGGCCCAGGCCCAGUCUCAGUCCAAGAGCUGAAGCCGGAAUCUUCCCAGACCCCAGUGGUCUCUACCCGCAAAGGCAAGUGCCGGGGCGUGCGGCGCAUGGUGGUGAAGAUGGCCAAGAUCCCUGUAUCUCUGGGGCGGCGGAACAAGACCACGUACAAAGUGUCUUCCUUGAGCAGCAGCCUGAGCGUGGAGGGCAAGGAGCUGGGCCUGCGCGUGUCAGCUGAGCCCACCCCACUGCUGAAGAUGAAGAACAACGGGCGGAAUGUGGUAGUGGUCUUCCCACCGGGGGAGAUGCCCAUCAUUCUCAAGCGCAAGCGCGGCCGCCCUCCUAAGAACUUGCUGCUGGGUCCCGGCAAGCCCAAGGAGCCAGCCGUGGUGGCGGCCGAGGCAGCCACUGUGGCAACAGCCACCAUGGCCAUGCCAGAGGUGAAGAAGCGGCGGCGGCGGAAGCAGAAGCUGGCCUCUCCCCAGCCAUCCUACGCCGCCGAUGCCAACGACAGCAAGGCCGAGUACUCAGAUGUCCUAGCCAAGCUGGCCUUCCUGAACCGCCAGAGCCAGUGUGCUGGCCGGUGCUCGCCGCCCCGUUGCUGGACACCCAGUGAGCCAGAGUCGGUGCACCAGGCCCCCGACACCCAGAGCAUCUCCCACUUCCUGCAUCGCGUGCAGGGCUUCCGGCGGCGUGGGGGCAAAGCAGGCGGGUUUGGUGGCCGGGGUGGGGGCCAUGCGGCCAAGUCAGCCCGAUGCUCCUUCAGUGACUUCUUCGAGGGCAUCGGCAAGAAGAAGAAGGUGGUGGCCGUGACUGCUGCUGGGGUAGGGGGCCCUGGCCUCACUGAGUUGGGGCACCCACGCAAACGGGGCCGGGGGGAGGUGGACGCUGUGACUGGGAAGCCAAAGCGCAAGCGGCGGUCCCGGAAGAAUGGGACUCUGUUCCCAGAGCAGGUGCCCAGCGGCCCGGGCUUCGGGGAGACGGGUGCUGAGUGGGCUGGGGAUAAGGGUGGUGGCUGGGCCCCUCACCAUGGGCACCCAGGCGGGCAAGCUGGCCGAAACUGUGGGUUUCAGGGGACCGAGGCCCGGGCCUUUGCCUCCACCGGGCUGGAGAGUGGAGCCUCAGGCCGUGGCAGCUACUACAGCGCGGGCGCACCCUCGGGCCAGACCGAGCUCAGCCAGGAGCGCCAAAACCUCUUCACCGGCUACUUCCGCUCGCUGCUCGAUUCAGAUGACUCCUCUGAUCUCUUGGACUUUGCCCUCUCAUCCUCUCGCCCAGAGUCCCGGAAGGCCUCAGGCACCUAUGCAGGGCCACCCACCAGUGCCCUGCCUGCCCAGCGGGGCCUGGGCACCUUCCCCAGCCGUGGAGCCAAGGCUAGCCCAGUGGCAGUGGGUAGCGGCGGGGCUGGGGCAGACCCCUCCUUCCAGCCUGUCCUGCCCACACGCCAGACCUUCCCACCAGGACGGGCAGCAAGCUAUGGGCUAACUCCAGCCACUUCAGACUGCCGGGCAGCCGAGACCUUCCCAAAGCUGGCUCCCCCGCCCUCAGCUGUGGCCCGCUCACCUACCACCCACCCACCUGCCAACACCUACCUGCCCCAGUACAGCAGCUAUGGGGCUGGACAAAGCGUAUUCGCCCCAGCUAAGCCCUUUACGGGCCAGGACUGCGCUAACAGCAAGGACUGCAGCUUCGCUUAUGGCAGCGGCAACAGCCUUCCUGCCUCACCCAGCAGCGCCCACAGCGCCGGCUAUGCCCCACCGCCUACUGGGGGCCCCUGCCUGCCACCAAGCAAGGCCUCUUUCUUCAACAGCUCCGAGGGGACCCCUUUCUCUGGUUCAGCCCCCACACCCCUGCGCUGUGAUAGCCGGGCCAGCACAGUCUCGCCUGGCGGCUACAUGGUGCCCAAAGGCACCACUGCCUCUGCCACCUCCGCAGCCUCUGCCGCCUCCUCCUCCUCCUCCUCCUUCCAGCCCUCGCCCGAGAACUGUCGGCAGUUUGCGGGGGCUUCUCAGUGGCCUUUCCGGCAGGGCUAUGGAGGCCUGGACUGGGCCUCAGAGGCCUUUAGUCAGCUCUACAAUCCCAGUUUUGACUGCCACGUCAGUGAGCCCAAUGUGAUCCUGGACAUCUCCAACUACACACCGCAGAAGGUGAAGCAGCAGACCGCCGUGUCAGAGACCUUCUCCGAGUCCUCCUCCGACAGCACCCAGUUCAAUCAGCCGGUCGGUGGUGGCGGGUUUCGGCGUGCCAACAGCGAGGCCUCAAGUAGUGAGGGCCAGUCAAGCCUGUCCAGCCUGGAGAAACUGAUGAUGGACUGGAACGAGGCAUCAUCUGCCCCCGGCUACAACUGGAACCAGAGUGUCCUCUUUCAGAGUAGCUCCAAGCCCGGCCGUGGACGGCGGAAGAAGGUGGACCUGUUCGAGGCCUCACAUCUGGGCUUCCCAACGUCCGCCUCUGCUGCUGCCUCAGGCUACCCAUCCAAACGGAGCACCGGGCCCCGGCAGCCGCGGGGUGGACGGGGCGGUGGGGCCUGCUCAGCCAAGAAGGAGCGGGGUGGCGCAGCGGCCAAAGCCAAGUUCAUCCCCAAGCCACAGCCGGUCAACCCACUGUUCCAGGACAGUCCCGACCUCGGCCUGGACUACUAUAGUGGGGACAGCAGCAUGUCACCACUGCCCUCACAGUCGAGGGCCUUCAGCGUGGGAGAGCGAGACCCCUGUGACUUCAUAGGACCCUACUCCAUGAACCCGUCCACGCCUUCCGACGGCACCUUUGGCCAAGGCUUCCACUGCGACUCGCCCAGCCUGGGUGCUCCCGAGCUUGAUGGCAAGCAUUUCCCACCGCUGGCCCACCCACCCACGGUGUUCGACGCCGGCCUGCAGAAGGCGUACUCACCCACCUGCUCGCCCACGCUGGGCUUCAAGGAAGAGCUGCGGCCACCGCCCACAAAGCUGGCUGCCUGCGAGCCCCUCAAGCAUGGGCUCCAGGGGGCCAGCCUGGGCCACGCAGCUGCAGCCCAGGCCCACCUGAGCUGCCGGGACCUGCCACUGGGCCAGCCCCACUACGAUUCCCCCAGCUGCAAGGGCACAGCAUACUGGUACCCACCAGGCUCAGCUGCCCGCAGCCCGCCCUAUGAAGGCAAGGUGGGUACGGGGCUGCUGGCUGACUUCCUGGGCAGGACGGAGGCCGCAUGCCUCAGUGCCCCUCACCUGGCUAGCCCACCAGCCACGCCCAAGGCCGACAAGGAGCCACUGGAGAUGGCCCGGCCCCCCGGCCCACCCCGUGGCCCUGCUGCAGCCGCUGCUGGCUAUGGCUGCCCACUCCUUAGUGACUUGACCCUGUCCCCCGUGCCGAGGGACUCGCUGCUGCCCCUGCAGGACACUGCCUACAGGUACCCAGGCUUUAUGCCGCAGGCGCAUCCCGGCCUAGGUGGGGGCCCCAAGAGCGGCUUCCUGGGGCCCAUGGCGGAACCUCACCCUGAGGACACAUUCACCGUCACGUCCCUGUAGUGCCAACUGAAGUGCCGACUGGACCGCGAGGUUUUGUUCCUGGCUUUCAGAAAACCAACGCCAAGAUCCCUCCCAGCGUCCACAUCGUCCUCUGGCAGGAUCGCCUGCCCCUCUGCCUCCCACCCUGCCCCCCUGCACCCCCUGCAGACCCAUCUCCCUCCACCCCCUCCCACCCAUCUCCUCCACGCAGAAGCCGAAGGUGAGCCCUUUCUGCACAAAACCAGCAAUUGUAAAUACUUUUUAAAAAUGUACAAAACUUAAAAACAAAACACAGUUUUAGAAAAAGACAAAAAAAAAAAAGAGAGAGCGAGAGAGCGAGCGUGUGCAAGAGGUUGCGAGCGGGGCCCCAAGGUGUCCAGAGCCCCUGCAAGUAUGCACUGAGAAAUUUAUCUACAGGUCGUUUGACAAAAAUGAACAAUAUCCUAUUUAUUGUAUAUACUGUUUUAUUAUAAAUCGUGGAUUGUAUAUUGCAUUCUGUAAACCUGCUGUGGUCCCGUGGUGUGCAAAUUCGCAUGGUGGGGGGGAGGGAGAAGAACCUCUUGCGGGAGCUUUUUUUUUUUUCUUUCUUAUUUUUCACUCUUUUGGGUUUUCUCUUCUGUUGUUGUUGUUGUUGUUUUCUGUUGGCAGGACACACCCAAAGAUCCAAGUUUGUAUUAAAAAGAAAUGAAAAAAAGCAAAAAAAAAAAAAAAAAAAAAAAAAA